GAACCAAUGGCGUGGGGCUGAAGGGGGUGAAAGAAAAGGCAGAACAGAGAGGAGAGGGGCCAGAAGAAACAGCGAACUGGAGACUACUCUCUGGCUUCAGGAUGCUGAUAGGGGACUCCCUGGGAGGGGCUGGCCUUUCUUUGGAUCCUCUUGGGUUUGCUGCUCAGACAGGUAGUUGGGAGAAACAGAACGAGCUGUCAGCUGAGGCAGACGGCGGCCCAGAGGCGUCCAGAACCCUGCCUUGCGCGAUCGCGCCCCGACCUGGCUCAAGCGCGCGGUGCAGCAACAGCCGCCAGUCCGGCCGCCCCGAGCAGCCGCCGCGGGCUCAACUCCACCCGGCGAAGCCCGGCGCGCCGCAGCCACACAAAAGAAGCGCAAGGCCGGCAAGCGCGCGGCCGCAAGGGCCAGCGGGGAGCGCGACGGGAGGGGACAGUGGCAGCCGAGGAGGCGCGCCCGAGGGAAGAAGGGCUCCAGGCGGCGCGCGGGCUGCGGAGGACCUGACACUUCUUGGAAACUCUUGGAAAUGGCUCCCGCCACCGCACCCGAGGGAACGGCGAGCCCCUGGAGCAGGUUCGUCCCGGCCGAGCUGUCCAGCCUUUGCGCCCGGGGCCCCGGGGCGCUGUCCCUGCGCUCCGCCGUCGGCUCGGGCUGAAAAGUUUCUCCAUGGUUCUUUGUGUCUCCCGAGCUGCCCCGGUCUCCCUGGGAGGAGGUGGCCAAGCAUCUAGAGGGCAGUUGGCUCCCUCAAGCUUCAGCCCCAGCGCUAGGGGCUAGCCCUGAACUCCACCCACCAGUUCGCCAUGAUCGCCACCGGUGGCCUACUGAGGAUAUCCGCCAGAAAGCAGGAUCCCCUCCGGCCCCCCAGCCAGGUUCCUAAGCGCAAGAGGAAAGCCAAGAAGAGGCGUAAGAACGACGUGGUGGUGGUGAAAGGCAAAUUAAAGCUGUGCUCCAUCUCAGGGCUUAUUGCCCUUUGCGGGAUUCUAGUGCUGUUGGUGGGUAUAGCCAUGGCCGUGGUGGGUUACUGGCCAAAGGCCAACGCAGCCAACAGAGGAGGCGCCAAGCAGCUACCGCCUGUGGAGGGUAGCCAUCGCUUUGGGACCACUGGCAACAACAGCAGUGGUAGCAAAAACCCAACCAAGAGCCACUCUGGGACCCCAGGGGGUGUCAACUCUAGUUCUGUGGGCGGGCCCAGGAGUUCGCCUCCUACUAGAUCUGCAGCCACAUCCUCUUCCUCCCCUUCCACAUCGGUGGGCUUCUUCUUCCGAAUCGUCUCAGGCUACUUGCACUCAGACAAGCUCAAGGUCUUUGGGCCCCUCAUCAUGGGUAUCGGCAUCUUCCUCUUCAUUUGCGCCAACGCAGUGCUCCAUGAGAACAGGGACAAGAAGACCAAGAUCAUCAAUCUGCGGGACCUCUACUCGACUGUCAUCGACGUGCACAGCCUCCGCGCCAAAGAUCUGGCGGCGGCAGCAGCUGCAGCCGCUGCAGCCGCAGCUUCCUCCUCCACCACCGCCCCCGGCUCUGCGCCCCCUAGGGCAGCACCGCUCAAUGGCUUUCUCAGCUACGUGCAAUCUCGGGGUCUGGAGCUGAAACCUGGUAGCUGUACGGGCUCUGCAGAUGCCUUCGGGGCCACUGCAAUGCUGACUAGAGGCUCAUGGCCCCACCCCGCCGGGCUGGGCGGAGGCGGCGGUGUGACUCGAGAUGCAGGGUCCCCGCCGGACCUGGUUUCAUCUCCGCGCUGUCCCCGGGAGCCCCCAAGCCUGGCCGAGGCGGUGUACAGUAUCUACCGUGAGCGCUCUAGCGGGGCUGGCCGUCGCCGGACCACAGUUGCCGCGGUAGCUGCGGCCACUGCCACUGUCACCGCGGCCGCCAGUGGCAGCAGUAGUCCAGCGCCCUGCAGCCCUACCGGGAGUUGGGGUCGCCAGAGCACCACCAGUUCCCUCGUGGGCUCCUCACUGAGCGCCUUUGCACUGAUGCCUUUGCACGGGGACAGGGACAGAGAUGGGGACUCGGAGAGAGCAAGCUGCAGCUGGCACAGGCCGCCCGGGGAACGCGGAUCCCGGGAUCUCCCGAGGGAAGAACUGGACCUGAGCCUGACUGACCUCCGGGGAGCCGAAGGCGGGGCGCGCUGGGUAUCCGGUGAGCCAGAGGAGCCCGAGGGCUCGGCGACAACAUGCACCGCCAGGGGGCAGGGCGGCCGCCUGCCCAGGACCGGCAGGUACGCGGCCUGGCGGCGCCGCAGCACCAGCGGGCUCCUGGACUACCGGGCUCAACCGUCGCCAGAGCCCGCUCCCUCGCCGCACACAGGGGACCUGGACUCCAGCCCUCCGGAUACAACCGCCACGCCCUCGCUCCCUCUGUGCCCCGAGGACACGCCCCUCGUUCGUCGGGACUCCCACGGAUCUCAGUCGGAUGAGCAGUCCUGCAGCAAUAAGGGCUACACCCCCCUGAGGGAGGCUGAGACCUCUGUGGAGUCGGUCGUGGACGUGGUGGCCCGGAAAAGGCUAGACUGUGCGGAUGCCACGGAUCCCGGUGCCGAGCCUAGCUCCCCGGAGCGUUCCAGUCCAGAGACAAGUAGGGCGGAGCAGACUCGAAUUGUGCCGAGGCAGUUUACAAACAAGGAGAAACUCUUUCUGAUUUCCAGGUCUCACACCCCAGGAGUAGAGGACCCGGAACUGGAAAACUCUUCUUCCACCUAGGGAGAGGGGGGCAGGGAAAGGAGAGUCCCACUGGAACCCCUACAUUAGCCCCAAUCCAUUUCCUUGUGGACAAGUCCGAGGAAACCAUUCAAUAUCCAAAGAGCUGCAGAAUGUUAUCCUUGAAUUGCGUUCACAAGAUUCGUAUAGACAACAAUUUAAAAAAAAAAAACAAAACUGUCGUCUUUUUAUGUCCGAUGGUGAUUGUAUGUUCCAUGAAAACCAGAUGUAUUAUAAGGUCACAAUUUAGUUCAUUAGAUAAAAUCUCUUUAAUUUUCCUAGGCGCAAAAUAAUAUAUUUUUGACAAUAACUCUGCACUUUACUCCAAUUUUUCUUUGUCCCUUCCCCCGACUUCCCCCGCCCCUCUACUCUGCUGCUGACCUUGUCCAUAGCUGCUUGUGAAUAAAUGACAAGCUUGUCCAUUUCCCUCUUCUUGAAGAGCCUAGAAGAGUCGGUUCUCUUAGAACUGAUCUCUCCAGGUGACUUCAAAGCAUAAAGCAUGAACUUGGGGAGAGGUUUCCCUUGCCUUACCCUACUCCCGGCUACAGCUGUCCAAAGGACUCUAUUUUUCAAAAGGAUGUUUGCAUUUUGCUACCAGGGUAUGUGGAGGGCGCCAGCAACUAGACUGGACUGUUAAUCCCCAAACUCACAAUACCAAGUCCACCAUGUGUUACUGAGUAUUAAUACACCUGUAUGGAAGGUAACAUUAGUAUUUAAAGUCUUUUUUUUUUUUAAUAAAAAGUUUCCAAACAGUUAAACAUAACCUUGCCUCGUUUUGCCUGGGAACCCAUGACUCUAGAGCACAUUAAACA